CAAGACGUCUUCAGCAUACUGCGUUGUUGAAAGCGACCCACCGCGUCAAACCAAGCCAGCCAUGGGCUAUGGUCACUCGAGACUUCUUGCAACUGAUCCAUCGCAAUACGCUACGCCGUGGUCUCCUGCUGAUGGUGCUGCGGUGAUACCUCCUGGAGAAUGGAAUUCGUUCGACUAUGUCAUAGUUGGUGGCGGGACUGCGGGCUGUGUGCUGGCCUCUCGGUUGUCUGAAGAUCCCAGCGUGACGGUACUUCUCAUAGAGGCUGGAACGAGUCACCGAAGCAGUUUCUUUAGCCGCAUACCCAUGGGUUUCCCCCGCCUAUUCAAUACCAUCUAUGACUGGAAGUACCGCACUCAACCUCAGCGGGAGCUUGGUGACAGACCAGUCGACUGGCAGCGGGGAAAGAUACUUGGCGGUUCCAGCUCCAUCAAUGCCCAGCUGUACCAUGAGUGCGACCCAGCAGACUUCGACUCGUGGGAGAGCCAAGGUGCCACAGGAUGGGGCUAUGAAUCGAUGAGAAAGUACUUUCGGAAGGCGGAAAGGUAUAUGUCGCACCCUUCGCACCUUGUCGAUCCAUCGGGUCAUGGACGUGAUGGUCCUUGGAUCACCUCACACGUGCCAAUAGCUCCUAUCUCUGCCAAGGUCAUUGAGGCUGCUAAGACGUUGCGAAUACCGGCUUCAAACGAUUUCAACACUUCGGAGGGAACGCUCGGUGCUGGUUACUUCGUCGCCAGCAUUGACGAGAAACAUGAACGGACUUCCGCAGCAACCGCGUACUUGAGGGAAGAAGUCUUGAAAAGACCGAAUCUGCUUGUCGCAAUAUCUACAACUACCGAGAAAAUCUUGUUCUCGUCCGACGAGACGGGCGAUCCCACCGCCGUCGGCGUGCAGAUCAGUAGAGGCGAACGAGCCGCGAAGUACGUUGUCGGCGCUCGCAAGGAGGUCAUAUUGUCGGCUGGGGCGAUCGGGUCGCCUCAGCUGCUCUUGCUUUCUGGUAUCGGACCUCGUGCACAUCUGGAGAAGCUCAACGUUCCUGUCGUUCGCGAUCUCCCCAAAGUAGGCCAGAACUUGCUGGAUCAUUUCUCUGCAGGGGCGCUGCUGUUCCGCGCGAAACCGGGCUUCACUUGGGAUUGGGUCGUUUAUAAUAUCUACUGGUCGGCUGUCGCUUUGGUCCAAUGGCUCAUUCUUGGAACCGGGCCACUCUCCUCCCUGGCAACGCAGGUCGGCAUAUUUGUGCGCUCGGAUGACCCAAACCUCCCCUACGGGGAGUCGCUUCCUGUCACGGAUAUGAGCUCUGGCCCUCGUGCACCGGACAUAGAGUUUGCGAUUGCUCCGUUUGUUGUCAUUGAAAGUGGCGCUCAUACACCUCCUCGCGGGACUCAUGGCAUCACUGCGGGCUCUGUUCUGCUGAAACCGUGCAGCAAAGGGUCAAUUGAACUACGUUCCGCAAGUGUGUACGAUCACCCUAUCAUUGAUCCCAACUACCUCUCGAAUGAGAGCGAUUGGAACGUCAUGAUCAGGGCGACACGGCUCUUGCUUCGGCUUGCAAGGGCUCCGCCAUUGUCCGACGCGCUGGACCUUCGGACGCUGUCCGCACCCGGAGACCCGCUAUUCUGGCCAGGCGAUGCGGACCCGGAGAAGAUCAUGGACGAAGAGAUCAAAGCAGUCAUUCGGCGCUACGGGCAAUCCGCAUGGCACCCGAGACAGACGUCUUCUGCGCGAAUGGGCUCUUCUCCGCAUGACAGCGUGGUUGAUAUCGAGCUGCGGGUGCAUUGCGUGCGGGGCCUGAGAGUCGUGGACGCAUCGAGUUUCCCCGACCAAGUCUCCGGGCAUCCCUGCGCUGUUGUGGUGGCUAUGGCGGAGAAGGCGGCAGAACUGAUUGCGACGUCACGUUCGCAAGGAUGA